AGAUAUCAAGAUUUUAAACAUCAAAUACUUUGCGCUGAACAUUUUGCUAUCGUUCAUCAUGCUAGCAGUUGUACAAUCUAUUACAGGUAUUUCGUAUACUUUACUUCUAUUAUACGGCAUAUAUUUUUAGAUAAAUUAUAAAUGUGCUUGUAGUUUAAUUUUUUCACUCAGUACUAGUGUGUAACUGAUGGUAUUAAACAAGCCUUUUCAUUAUAUGUACAAUAUCUUGUAUCAGAACAAAAUAAAGAAAUAGUUUAUUCAAACACACCAAUACCUGAUUCUUUUGUUUUAGGACCACAAAGGGAAGUCGUUUCAAUAUACAAUGAUAACUUUGCCACCCCGUUAUCCAGACCUCAAUAUUUCAUCGAAGUUUAUCGUUGUGUUCAAGUUGACUUCGGCGAAUGCCCUAGUAGUGGACCGUCCGGGUACCCUGUGCCCAAACAAAUUGAAAAAAUUGAGAUCGUGGUUCCGGAUAUAACGAAAGGCAAAGAUCGAAAUUCUACCAAUAAAACGAAUUUUUAUAAAUAUGUGGUUUAUAAUCACACGUCUUGUAAAUGUGGCACCCUCAAGUUCAGGGAUAGUACUCUGUAUCAAACCAUAACUAAUAACGAAGGUUAGUCCAAUGAACAUGCAUGUUUUGUGAUUAACUUUCUUUCGAUUUUUAGAAAACAUUUUCCGUAGUUUUAUUGUGAUAGUCAUAAAACAUGUUGAUAUAUAUAUAGGACUAUGAUAAGGAGGGGAACACGGGAGCUCUCUCCUCAUUUAAAACUGCUGUGCUGAAUAUCUAGGUUACGUUAUUGUUACUUGAUGGGCUUGAAAACUCACGUAAAUGCUAAAGCGCGUUUUCCACCUGGCGAAGUUGCUCGCGUGCGGCGUCUUUGUCGGCAUUCUUUUUGCUGACGUGAUGAGCAAUGCUGAUAAAGGAUAAAGCAGCUGCGCGUGAACAAAUUCGUCUGUGCUUGGUUCUUUCUUGUACAUUGAGGGAUUUCCUCCGCGUUCUCUGUCCCGGGUUUUCCUCUCUCCAGAAAGUAACCACUCUACUUUAGCUGCACUCCAUGAAGACAACCACUAGCAUCAUUAGUCAGCCGCAUUAGUCAGCCGCAUUAGUCAGCCUUCGACUCAGUGACGUUUCACGUAAUUCAGGUCUCAACUGCAGGAUUUGGUGAUUAUUACACCGUAACCUUAUUCUGUAUGAAUUUCUCUUGUAGUGUCAAAAACUGAUUACAGUGCGAACUGUACGAAAAAUCCAGUCAAUCUGAUACAUCAGUGUCACAGUCAUGCUUGCAAACCUCAACAAAGAUACCAUUUCACGCAUAUCGACGCUGUCCGACCGUCAACAUAUCUAGCGUACAAACAGUGCUUGCCCGGCAGUGUGGCGUUAAAAAACAACACGUUUACAAAUCAAAUUACCUUGAUAAAUAAUAAAGUGAAGUUUGUCAACCUUACAAGUGAUAUAUCAUGCAAGGCUAAUGAUGGAAAGAACGCUGAACCACAACUAUGCCCCAACUCUACAACGCAAAAUACACGAAACCCGACAAUUGCAACGCAAAAUAUCACUCUUUAAACUGGGAAGCUACGAGUAUCAACGGAAGAUUGAAACCCGCGUGACGAAGGUAAGAAUGCUUAUCAUAAAUUAGCAUAUUAGAGUUGAGAGGUUUUAUAGGGAAGGCGUAUUAGAGAGGGGGGGCUGAUUAGAGAGGGGGCGUAUUAAAUAGGGGACAUAUUAGGGAUGCCUGACCGGACAUAGGGGACAUAUUAGAGCAGAGAGGGUUUAUUGGAGAGAGAGUAAGGAUACUUAUUAUGCACGAGUAUAUUAUAGAGGAAGCAACCUAGAGAGGGGGGUUUGAUAUAGGUUAUGACGUUUUACGCGCUGUAGAUUGAUGACUUGUAUUAUCAUGUUUCUGUUUAGAGCCAAAUUAUGUGAUUCUAGUUUCCAUUGCAUCUGGCGAAGCUCUCCUCGCUGGGUUUCUACUGUCGUUGGUAUUAUUUACUAUACAGCUAGAUAGUUAUAGAUAGAUAAUUUUAUUAAAAUUAACUUUGCAGCCCAAGGGCUGAAUUGUAUUAACUAUUACAAAAAUAAGCCUCAAUCGCUAUUACAUGGUGCACUAGACUAAUAAAUACUUUAAAUUUAAUUAUAUCUUAGCUUAAAAUUUUAAUGAAUUAUGUACAAUAAAAGUUUUCCUAUGUCGUUCUG